CUCCAAAAGAUGCUCCUUUCAGUGGCUGUGGAGAUGCGUGACUAUCUCCAAGCAAGUUCUUGAGGAGCUUAUCAGGAAAUCACUCUUACGAGAGGUUUUCAGCUGUUCCGAAAGGAUCAUGCCAGUCUCUAUCCAUGUGGUUAGCAGAUCUUGGCACGAAAGAGUCAGUCAACCAACUAAGGAAGCAGCCACCCAUGAGAUGUUGGUUGCGACUGCAUCCCCGUGUGCUGACCCUGUCACGCGCUCGUCGCUGUCAAAAUGCACGAUUCUUUCCAAAUCGAAGCUGUUUCCGUUGAGAUACCAUCAUCAUCAACAUCAUCAUCAAUGGCUUUUGCAUUAUUUACACCCCGUCGCCUCGGCUUACAGGAGCGAUAUCAACUUGCUCAAGCUCAAUGUGGGUCAAUGCCUUUGAUCACGCUGGUCGUAUCGCUACCCAACGACACACAUCAAGGGGAACUCAGGCGUCAGAUCAUGUUCAACUGUGAAGCUCUCCUGGCCCUGCACCCGAUACUCUCUGCGACUAUCGACGAACGCCUUACUCGCCACCCCAGGUGGAAACCACACAACCCACAAAGACGCUCUGGGAGGACAAUAGUCGAUACCGAGAUCUGUUUCGCAGAUGGCGUUGAUGAAAUCGCCGCUAUAGAAGAUCGCAAGGGCCAGAACCUGGAUCUGGACAAUGGACCUCUUUGGCGUGUGGGAAUCUAUCGCACCACACUCGAAGCUGGUGAUGGCCAAUUUGUUGCUCUGACCAUCUGUCAUUUACUCACUGACGGUAUGGGUGCACUCGACCUUCUGCGCCGUAUUCUACCAAACGGUCUUGACCACAGCAAGAUAACGCCUUCGAAACCAUCGCAACUUCCACCGAAGGCAGAAGAUAGGAUAGAGUUCUAUCAAUCAAAAGCUGAACGACUCAAAAUCAGGCAAGCCGGUUCCAACGACAGAUACAGGCUGGAUUCCUUCAUGAAAGACAGAGAUGCAUGGCCCACAGAGAACGACAUCUUAGAGCGACGAAGCAGUCAAGUCAAACACAAAUCUAUCGACUUUGGUCCUAGCUACCCUGGUCAGAUCCUCGAUGGGUUGAAGUCAUAUUACAGAAAUACGACAGUACCAGGCUCCGUCCAUUCAGUACUGCACACAGCCGCCGUCGUGGCCUUAGCAGCCGUCGGGCGCAGACCUUCUACAUUGACCUGGGGUCUUGGAAACCAGAGUGUCAAGUUGAUCAGCACGGAAACACCCAUGUCACUUCGCUCAUAUCGACUCGGUCACCCAUCUUUCGGAGGUAACUACGUCGCGCCGAUCUCGAAGUCUUUUCCAACAUCGGAAUUUGGAACGUGCGACGUUGGUGAAUUCACUGGAAGAUACAAGAUGGACCUGGAUCUGCCAGAGACGAACGAAGACGCCCGCAGAAGAGUGUCAGCGCUGCAAUGGAUUCCAGAUAAGCGCCAUCCAGGAGAGAGAAGGAAGAUCAUGUUAUCGCCCCUUCCAAGAGUAUUCUUGCCGACAAUGUUCAAGGCUCUUAGAGUCCCUCCAACGCCAAUUCCCGAGGCAGGGCACGAAGUUGUCCCUGAGCCUACUGGUUGGGAGGAAUACCUUGCGCAACAGGUGAGGUCUCAGACCCCGUAUAGGGCUUCGCUAGGCAUCUCCAAUCUCGGAGUAUUCAGAUCACGCGAGGUUGACAAGAUCUGGUUUUGUCACACCAGUAUGCCUUGGGGGGUAGCGCUCAAUAUCGACGUAGUCAGCUGUACCGAUGACAUGCAGGGGGAUGAGGACAUGGAACUCACCGUUAUGGUCUCCUGGUUGGACGGAGUCAUCGAGAACAAGACAGUCGAGCGCUUCAUUCAGGCUUUCGCCAUGGUCGUCAACAAGUUCGCUUGGGCUGGCAACCACAGUCCGGAAGCAUCUUUCGCGUUACAGAAAUUGCUUCUCAAAGAUCUGGUCUAGGAGACAUAUGUCAAGCUUCCAUGAACAAUAAAU